AUGUGUUUGUUGUUUAAUAUAGGUGCUGUGUCCAACUGCUGUAGUGUAACCAGAAAAGAGAGUGAUGUCACGUGUUUUGGGUGUCAACUGAAAGCCGUACCUCGGGAUCUGCCAAUCAGCACCACUGCAUUAAAUCUUGAGAAUAACACCAUUGAAAUACUAGACAAUAAUUCAUUUAAAGACCUACUAAACCUCCAACAUCUGAUACUUGCGAGAAAUGGAAUGCAUAGUAUUACUCCUGGAACCUUUGACAUUCUUGGGAACCUGACAUACUUGGAUCUUUCAUAUAACGAUUUGGAACAUUCUGCGUUUGAUUCCUCAGUUUUCAAACGACUUCAUCAACUUAGAUUUUUAUAUUUACAUGGAAAUCGAUUUCAUUUGAAAAAGAUAUACCCUGAAAAUGCGAUAUCCUUUUUAACAUCGCUUCAAAAUUUAAGGAUAGAUAUAUUCAAUGGAUUUCAAUUUGGAAAUGGAUUUCUUAAUUUGACUGAGCUGAGAAUCUUUGAUGUUGACCAUAUAGGCACGGAACGCGUGUCGAUUCAAAAUACAUCUUUCAAAGGACUUGCAAAUUCAAAAAUAUCGCGUUUGUAUCUUCAAUUUGGAAUGAAGAAUAUAGAAGCAAGUUCGUUAUCACCAUUCAGCAGUCUUGUGUCGCUUGUACUGGAUUCCAAGAAAUCCUUGACAAUUCAGGAGGUUCUGUUGGGCCUGUAUGGUUUACGAGGACGUAAUAUGGAAUCGGUAACACUCACGUCUAAUCAUGUUCAUUACAGUCCAAAUGGUUACUUGGUGAAGUCAGAUAUGGUGUCUCUGGGAAUGAUUUGUGUCAGGAAAUUAGACAUGACGAGCAAUUUUAUUUCGGGUAUAAGAAUGGAAGCAGUGUUGGCCUGGACUAGUAGGGGAUGCCUGCAAGUUUUAGAUAUCUCAAAAAAUGCGAUCACGUCACCACAACUCUUGAGCCUGCUGGUGUUGUUUCCAUCUAUAAUAUAUGUAUAUUCUUCGUACCAAAUCGUUACAUUUACGAGGAAACGUCGCGUUUCAAUGCACGAAGAAAAAACCGUGUAUUUACCGAAACAUUUGCAACAUCUUUCUCUUGAUCACGAUCCUUUUAAUUUUGUCCUCGAAGACGUAACAAUGGUCGCAGAAGACAACAAUCUGAGAGUGCUGGAUAUCAGUUACCCUGCACAUAGAACAGAAUGUUCAGAAGGAUAUAUUCAAGGUCUGAUACAUUUAGAAAAAUUGUACAUAUCUGGUUGGAAGUGUUCAACCCCAAGUACUCAUUUAUUUGCUAAAUUUCCGAGCUUGUCACACCUUGAGGCUAAAGAAUGUGACCUCGGAGAUAGACUUAGUUUGGAUGCAGAAUCACUGUUCACAGGAAUGUUCAACCUUUCAUAUGUUGAUCUCGCUUUCAACAAUAUUGAGACUUUAAAUUCUAUUAUAUUCAAUGACCAAUCUCAUUCAUUGAAAACCCUCAAUCUUACAGGGAAUCGAAUGGAACGUCUUGCCCUGGAAACUCUGGAGCAUCUUCAUGUAUUAGAAACUCUUGAUGUUCGUAACAAUCGUAUAUCUGCUUUAUCAGACACGGAACGUUCAUUAAUUGAUGUUUGUGCAUCUAAAUCAGAAAAUUUUAAAAUAGUUUUGACUGGAAAUCCUUUAGUUUGCAGCUGUGACAAUUUGGAGUUUCUUGUCUGGUUUCAGACGACCAAAGUUGCUCAUGACAGGGAUAGCAUUGUAUGCAGCACACAAGAAGGAAAAAAAGUCCGCAUCACAAAGUUCCUUGAAACCUUUGAUGAAUUCCAGGACAGUUGUGUCGCUCAAUUCUGGUUAUUAAUCUCCGUUACUCUCGCCUUGAUUGGAAUCUUCUUGGGUAUUCUCUUUCGACUUGCCUGGCGGAAAAGCGUUUGGUUACGAGUGAGUUGUCGACAACCCUUAGAGCAUGAAAUAUAUCCGUAUGAUGUAUUCAUAUCAUACUGCGACAAGGACACUAAAUGGGUAGCAAAAACAUUGGUUCCGUGGUUAAAUGAAAAGAACAUUGAAUAUUGCAUUGAUGAAAAGAGCUUCAGUCCUGGCCUUGAUCAAGCCGAUAACAUUUUGAACGCUAUAGAUAAUUCACAUAAAACUGUUUUUGUUGUGAGCUGUGCUUUUCUAGAACAUCAAUGGCCAAUGUUUGCAAUGAAAUUAGCCAGCACUUAUUCAUUUCGCGAUGGACGUGAAAAUAUGAAUAUCAUUAUUCUACUUAACGAUAUAAAGUGUAGUGAGUUUCCUAAGCUCAUCCGUAAGAACUGGGACAUAAUUCGUCCCCUACAUUGGCCAAAUGAAAAGAAUACCGAUCGACGCCAAUUGAUUGCAGCUACUCAAACUUUUUGGAAACGGUUGGUAAAACGCAUUCAAAGAGGAAACGAUCGCUUUAUAACAGAAUCAGCUUCUGAAUCAAGUUUGUAG